AUGGCGGUUGUAAAUUGCAUUCUCCACACAACCUUUCAAGCUUCACUUCAAUGCCUUUCCUCCCUUCCUACUACUACUACUACCUCCUUUACUUUCAGAUCAGCUUCAAUUAUGUUGCUGGCUUAUUUAUUUCUAAGCUAUUUCAUAGCUUCUGCUGCAGCUAAUUUCUACCAAGACAUUGACAUCACUUGGGGAGAUGGUCGAGCUAGAAUACUCAACAAUGGAGAUCUUCUCACUUUGUCUCUUGACAAGGCCUCUGGUUCAGGCUUUCAAUCCAAAUCCCAAUACCUUUUUGGGUUAUUCAAUAUACAGAUCAAGCUUGUCCCCAACAACUCAGCUGGCACCGUCACCACCUACUAUUUAUCAUCUCAAGGUUCAAACCAUGACGAGAUUGACUUCGAAUUCCUUGGAAAUCUGAGUGGAGACCCUUAUAUUGUUCACACUAAUAUCUACACACAGGGGAAAGGGAAUAGAGAACAACAGUUCUAUCUCUGGUUCGAUCCAACUAAGGACUUCCACAACUAUUCUAUCCUAUGGAACCCUCUUCACAUUGUUUUCUAUGUGGAUGGAAUUCCUAUAAGAGAAUUCAAGAAUGCAGAGUCAAGUACUGGUGUUCCUUACCCAAAGAACCAACCAAUGAGAGUUUAUGGUAGCAUUUGGGAUGCAGAAGAUUGGGCUACAAGGGGAGGACUUGUGAAGACAGAUUGGACUCAAGCUCCCUUCACAGCUUCCUAUGGAAAAUAUAAAGCUGAUGGUUGUGUUUGGUCCUCUGGUAGUUCUUCAUCAUCUUCAUGUGCUUCUUCUUCGUCAAAGAAUAAUACUUGGAUGUAUCAAGAGAUGGAUUCAAGUAAACUCAAAUGGGUGCAAAAGAACUAUAUGGUUUAUAACUAUUGCACUGAUACCAACCGAUUCCCUCAAGGCCUUCCUCCAGAGUGCUCCAUUAAUACAACGGCUUAUAGGCCAUAG